CCUUGCCCACCAAUUUACUUCAUUACUUUGCUUACUUCUUCACAAUCACUACUACUUGUAUUCUCUCUCUAAAAAUCUUUACUCUCUUUUUCUCUCUCUAAAAUUCUAAAACCUUAUUUUCUCUCUCUAAAAUUCCUAAAUCUAAAACGUGAUGAACACGAUAACAAUGGUUAACAGAGGCGGCGCCGGAGAAAUUGAGACUUCUGCCAUGGCUAACUGUCUCAUGCUUCUUUCUGCUCAUUCCGCCGCCGUCAAUUCCGUCGGAGGUGGAAAUUCCGAUAACGAAAACGGCGUUGGACGUAUGUUCGCUUGUAAGACGUGUGAUCGUAAGUUUUCGUCGUUUCAAGCGUUAGGAGGUCACCGUGCGAGUCACAAGAAGAUUAAAUCGCCGAAUUCCGGUGAUUUUUCCGAUGAUAUGACGAGUUUUCCGGCGAAACCGAAGGCUCACUCGUGUAAGAUUUGUGGUGUUGAGUUUCCUACUGGUCAAGCUCUCGGCGGUCACAUGAGACGGCACAGAGAAACCCUAUCUGCCGUCGGAGGUGGUUCUGCGGCGGCGGCGGCUGCGUUGAGUAGUGUGACUACCGAGGGUAGUAUUGGAAAUAGUGACGGAAACAAUGGCGGUGAGAAGAAGAGGAAGAUUAAUAACAACGACGUCGUAUCGGAGUUUCCAGUAAUGAUGAAAUCAGGUAGUUGUAAGAGAGUUUGCUUGGAUUUGGAUUUGAAUUUAUGGAAGAAAAAAAAAGAAAAUGUUGCUGCUGUUAUUAACAACGAUGAUUAUGAAAUUGAAGAAGGUGAGAUUGUUGAACAACAUGACGAAAAAUCUGGUGAUGUGAAGAAUAACGUUGAAGAAGAAAAAGAUUUUCUGAAGCUGGAAUUAAGACAGCCAAUUAACUGCUGGUGAUUGAGUUUGAUUAUGAAAUCUUUGAUUUAAUUAGUGCUUAAUUCGUUUUUAUUAGAUUAAUUUUUCUGGUGUACAGAUCAUAAUAUUAGACCAGUUUUAAUUAGGGGAAAAUAUUACGGAGUACAAUAUUUUUAGAAUAUAGUAUGGUGAAAAUUAGAGUUUUCGAUUUUGUUAUAUGUUUACGUACACAGUACAGUUAGGCAAUUAUUAUUUUAUAUUUUAAUUCAUGGGUUAUUCUUUGAUUUCUAUGA